AUGAGCCUGUUAUUUUAAAAGGAAAUGAAAUGCUUUGGUAAGUCAAAAGAAGAGCAAAAGUAUUUUUCAAAAAAAAAUUUUAUCUAUAUCCAGCCCAAAUUAGAUUUCCUGAUAGAUUAUUUUAAUUUUGAAUCUUAAACAAAUUCUUUGAGAAUUAGCCCAAAUCUAAAAGAUUUACUCUAAAGCUAUUUUAACGACAAAACCUCAACAAUUUACUGCCAGUGUUACUAACAUAAUUGA